UACGGGCGCUGGGGCAACGUACUGACAAAAACCAGCCACAGGAGGUUCGCAGUUUGUGGAGCCUGUGGAAGAAGCCUCUCCAUGAGCAAUGGCCUCACCAAUACCUGUGUAUAACUCCAACCCUCUGGACACAAACAACGCCAGCACAUCCAGGGAGUCUCUUAAGAUGGAGCCUCUAGAAGAUGUGGUGUUAUUGCCAGGGGAGGAGAGAGUUAUUGAUAAGGACAUCAUCUACAUCUGUCCAUUCAGUGGAGCUCUCAAAGGAAAAGUGUUCAUCACCAACUACAGGCUCUACUUUAAGAGCUCAGAUGAAGAUUCAGCAGUGGCACUGAAUGUGCCAUUGGGUGCCAUUAGUCGUGUAGAAAAGAUGGGCGGGGCCUCAAGUAGAGGAGAGAAUUCCUACGGCUUGGAUAUCGCUUGUAAGGACAUGAGAAACCUGAGGUUUGCCUUGAAACAGGAAGGCCACAGUAGACGAGACAUCUUUGAGAUCCUCUUCAGAUAUGCCUUCCCCCUCUCACACAGACAGCCUUUGUUUGCCUAUCUAAGCCAGGAGAAAUAUGAAGAGAAUGGCUGGGAUGUUUACAAACCUAUAGAGGAGUUCAGACGGCAGGGCUUGCCCAAUGAAAAAUGGCGUAUCACGUUCAUUAAUAAAAACUACGAGCUGUGUGACACCUAUCCCACCAUCCUGGCUGUGCCCUUCAAAGCUACAGAGGAGGAUCUCCGAAGAGUUGCCAGCUUCAGAUCAAGAGGGCGCAUACCAGUGUUAUCAUGGAUCCAUAGGGAGAACCAGGCUGUCAUCACUCGGUGCAGUCAGCCACUUGUUGGCAUGUCUGGUAAAAGAAACAAAGAUGAUGAGCGGUACCUAGACCUGGUCCGAGAGGCCAACAGCACUGUAAAACUCAUCAUCUAUGAUGCACGGCCCAACGUCAACGCUGUCGCCAACAAGGCCACUGGAGGGGGCUAUGAGGGUGAUGAGUACCAGAACACAGAGUUGGUAUUUCUGGACAUCCACAACAUUCACGUCAUGAGGGAGUCCCUAAAGAAGCUAAAAGAUAUCGUCUACCCCAACGUUGAGGAAUCUCAUUGGCUGUCCAGCCUGGAGUCUACACACUGGCUAGAACAUAUCAAGCUGGUGUUGUCAGGAGCGAUCCAGAUCGCCGACAAGGUGGCGGGUGGGACCUCGGUGGUGGUGCACUGCAGCGACGGCUGGGACCGCACGGCCCAGCUCAGCUCCCUGGCCAUGCUGAUGCUGGACAGCCACUACCGCACGCUGCGCGGCUUCCAGGUGCUGCUGGAGAAGGAGUGGAUCAGCUUCGGACACAAGUUUGCCUCGAGGAUAGGUCACGGGGACAAGAACCAUGCAGAUCAGGACAGGUCCCCCAUCUUUGUUCAGUUCAUCGACUGUGUGUGGCAGAUGACCAAACAGUUCCCCACAGCAUUUGAGUUCAAUGAGCAUCUCCUGGUGAUCGUCCUGGACCACCUCUACAGCUGCCGCUUUGGAACCUUCCUCUACAACUGUGAAAGUGCAAGGGACCAAUAUGAGGUUAAAUUGAAGACGGUGUCCCUCUGGUCUUUGGUCAGCAGCAACAGGGAGCGCUACUUGAAUGCCUUCUACACGCCAGAGUCUGGACGUGUCCUCUACCCUGUAGCCAGCAUGCGCCACCUAGAGCUCUGGGUGACUUACUACAUACGCUGGAAUCCACGUAUACGACAGCAGAACCCAGUGGAGCAGCGCUAUAAGGAACUGUUAGCCAUACGGAACGAGUACCUUAAGAAGCUGGAGGAACUGCAGCUGUCCGACUCCUCCUCUUCUCCUCACCUGACAAAUACUUCUGCUUCCAAUGCAUCCUUAACAGCCACCACCACACCCUCCCACCAGUACACACACCUAAACACACAAUUUUGAGUGUUGUGAUUAUGUAUACAAUACAAAUAUGCACGUGCGCGCGCACACACACACAAACAAAUACAAGCAAAUAUAUAUUUUACACCUGUUUACAAUUACACUCAUACAAUUGGGCUCUACUUACGUUCUAUUCACACUUGUGCUCUUUCUCACACACUCUUCUCACACACUCUUCUCACACACUCUCUCACACACUCUCUCACAUACUUUCUCACCUUUCUCACACACUCUUCUCACACUCUUGCUCACAGCAGUUCUUUCCCGUAGCCCUUAUUGUGGAUAACAAGGGAUUAUAAUAUUGACAUUCGACAACAUAAGUGAGGUAGUGUAAUCCUGUUUAGAAGUUGUUUAGAAGUUAAUAAUAAUGACCAUGAGUUUCAAUUAUUAUGCAAUUAUGUCACAGUACAGCCUUGUCAGAAGAUUUUUCUAUAAACCCACAUCUUGUUCAAACAUCGAGGCCUUAAGGACAAUACACUUUUACAUUAUAAAGUGAGUUUCACUCAAACACGCGUUCAGGCACUAGAUAUAGGUGGCCCACUUUACAUGCCGGCUGCACUACUACUGUAGUGUUUCCUUGCCCAGGAGAAAUGGUUGAAGAAAAACAACAGUAGUAGUAGUGACUCAUCGUUGCAGUGUUAAAAUGGCUGCCCCUGUCCAACUACUACAUGAUCUAGACAUUAGCAACUAUUUUUGUGUUGCUCAGUUGAAAGAAUUGAUUUGGGAUUUUGCCUUCCGGAUCAAAUUGAUUGAAAGUUACCCCCCACCCCCCAGUCUGGAAGGAGUUUUGUCAUGAAUUGAAAAAAGCUUUAAUAACUUUCUACAGCAUUUCAAGCUACAACCCCGAAGAUUCACGUGCAAACAGAUGCAUGACUGGUUCCUUUCUAUCAUUGGCAUAUUUGAGCAAUAGCUACUCAGUAGUUUCUAAACAAUUAACACUAUCAUAGUUGCUCAUUUUACUGUUGGGUAGGACGUGGAUGCAGCCCGUAGUAUUUUAUAGUAUUUACACUUUCAGUGUAGCUGCCAGUGAAGAAGAGUAAGACGAGUUUGAACAAGAAGCAAAGUUGUCAUGGCCAAAGAGAAGGUAUGGCAGAUCAGCUUGUAGAAAACCUUUACCAACAUGAUCUUUAGUUCAGACCCUAGGCUCAGCUCUGUUUUUAGUUCGGCGGUGGGAAACAUGCUGAUUUAACACUUGUUGGAUGGAUUUCUAGGAUUUAGAGAGGUCAAACACAAAUUCAGUUUCAAGUCUCACCAUAGUCAUCUGUCAGGUCAACCAAUAUGACCUUUAGGAUUGCUCAUGCUAAGCCAUUGUUGCUAUGCAAGAAACACACUUCCAGCAAAUAAAGAUCUUCUCUUAAAGUAUC